AUGAUAGUAUCUAGACAAAAUCACAGAUCGGAUUUCUUGAAAGUAAAUGAGUACACAUUUGAAAGGGUAAGAAAUUUUAAAUACUUAGGUGCAGAUAUUAAUGAAGAUGCUAAUAGCCACGAAGAAGUGAAAAGACGGCUCAUCGCAGCAAACAGGUGUUACUUUGGACUAUUAUCAUUGUUCAAAUCAAAACUAUUAUCAAGGAAAUCCAAAGUAACAUUAUAUAAAGUUCUAGUCAGACCAAUAGCUCUAUAUGCAAGCAGUACUUGGGCGACGACAAAGUCAGAUGAAAAAAAGUUAGAAGUAUUUGAGACAAAGAUAUUGAGAAAGAUAUUUGGCCCAAAGAAAAACAAUGAAGGAGAAUAUGAAAUACGUAGCAAUAAAAAUUUAGAAGAAUUAUAUAACGAAACCAAUAUUGUAGGGAUCUUGAAAAGCGCACGAAUAGGCUGGGCUGGACAUGUAUGGAGAUCAAAAGGACUAAUCGGACAAAUAAUUUCAUGGAAACCAAACACAAAGAGGCCCAGAGGACGUCCUAGACAGAGAUGGUCAGAUAGAAUAAAAGAAGACCUAAAGAGGUUAGGAGUAAGGAAUGCUGAAAAAACGGCACAAAAUAGAGAAGACUGGAGACAAUGUGUUGUUGCGGCAAUGGGCCUAAAAGGCCUGUAA